AUGUCGCAAAAGCAUUCUGAGAAUCUUGUUGUCAGUGAAAUCAAAGACUUCCAGCGGUUUCGCCAUAUACACUGGCGAGCACCAACUGUUAUGGGCGUUGGUUUUCUGGGCGGCGUUAUUCUCAUGGCAGCCCACCACACCCUCUACCAGAGCCUGGGCGGAAACCCUGCGGAUAGCGCUCUGCUGCAGCUAUGGGCGAUUCGCGCAGGCACAGCGCUCGCCUUCCUGUCCAAGCUGUGUCUAGCGAUCGCGACGGGAGUUGCGUAUGAUCAGUGGAUGUGGGUCAAGCUGCAUGCGAAGCCGCACGAGAUUGGCGUUCUGGACUCGAUGUUUGCAAUACUGGGCAAUGCUUUCGAGUUCCUGGCUUACAAGAUCCAAUCUGACUCGCCGAGGCUCCUCCCCAUUUCUGCUAUCAUCACUCCAGUCGUCCCUCAGCGGCCCUUCACAACUGACAGCAAUCUGUUCUGCGGCGUGAUAACCGACGGUAACACAACAUCUUAUGCCUCGAUGUCCACAGGCCUAUUCAAUCCGACAUUUGCCACAGUCCUUGCAAACCGUGUUCUUCCGCUCCAGUCGUCCAGCACGAACCUAACCUUCAACCUUCAAUUCUUUGGCCCUGCCGUCAGUUGCGAUAUGUCGAGUGACGAAGAAUUUUCAUGGGCGAAAAAGGCUAUACUCGAGUACGAGGAUAUGACCAGCACGAGAGUAUUUUACUUUGGCUGGGCACCACAACCUGGAUGGGGACCAGACGUGAAUGGCUCAUUCUUCGCAUCCACAGACUUACAGAUCGGGAACAAUCGACUGGAUUUUGUAUCCAAGGACGCGGCUCGUGUGUUUGUCUAUCUCAACACCACGGGCGUCGACGAGACUGGCGAUAGAAUUCAAGGCGUCGCCAGUAAGGCAGAGGCCCAAAUGAUGACCUGUACAUUGUACAAUGCGUCUUACGACACGCAUUUCGAGGUCAAGAGCACUGGAGCACAAUUCGUCACGGCCUCGUUGAAGCUCGAGGCUUGGAUGCCUGCCCUCCGCUCAAUGCAGGGUACGCCACAGGACACGCGUGUCCGUCAACAGAUGAAUAUGCAAGCCGUCAUGGAAUCCUUUGUCAUGAUGAUCGGUGGGCCCAUCACAUACUCCAGAGACAUCUCUUUGCCGACGAUCAACUCUGUCUACGCUCUUGGGAUGAACCGGGCCUUAUUCCCCGCGCAGCAAGGCCUGGACCAAACGGCCCUGACGCUCCGUCAAGCCAGACAGAAUGAGAUGCUGUUUCAGAACAUUACGCUGAGUAUGCGGUACGGCGUUGUCUCGGGGUCCACUGGCAACGACCAAACGACAGCCACGGCGCUGCGCCAAAGGUUCGAAUCACAGUUCGUCUACGACCCGCGAGCGCUCCUCGCGGCGUACGGGCUGAGCGCAUUCUUCGCCCUGGCCUGUGUCCUGCUGGGCGUGCACGCGCUGCUCCACAACGGCGCCUCGUACACCAGCUCCUUUUCCACCAUCGUCAGAGUCACCCGCGACCCGGCUCUCUCGAGACUGAUCGCCGACGAGGGCGAUCUUCAAGGCGCCGAGCCCGUGCCGAAACAUAUUCGCAGAGCGGAGGUGCGGCUGGGGAGGAGCGCGAGGUCGGUCACGGCGGCGCCGAGUUACUCGUCUAGCUGGAUUUGA